AGAGCGCGCCCCCAGCGCAGUGCCCGCGGCGACCGCUGCCGUGGGUUGGAGCUCCCGAGCGUGCCGGGCGCUCUCUGCCCGCGCGGGGGCACCAGAGCCCUCGGAAGUGUCAGGCACUGCGGUGCAUUUUCCCAGUUCCCUUUUAAAUGACUGCGGAAAAACAGACUCUCGGAGCCGUAAAUGGGAAGACGGAUUCUCAGACAAGGCUUGCGACUACCCCGCAGCCAUCAUUUAACUACGCCCGCAGAGCAGUUACGGUUUGUCACCCGACCCUCCCGGAUCGCCUCAUUUGUCCCUAGUGAGACCCCUAGGCUUUGCCCGCGCCGGGUUCCUUGGUAGCUGGAUAUAUAACGUGCUCGGGGCAGCGCGGGCGCAGGGCACGCGUUUGCGCACAAAUGAACACGCGCAAGAGCUGAACCAAGCCCGGUUUCCAUUUCAAAAAGGGAGACAGCCUCUGCUGCGAUGGUAGAAGAGACGGUGGUGUGAAUUAGGGGCCAGGAGGCGUCAAGCAGCGGAACGGUUCAUCUCAGAGACUAAUUUUCUGGAGUUUCUGCCCCUGCUCUGCGUCAGCCCUCACGUCACUUCGCCAGCAGUAGCAGAGGCGGCGGCGGCGGCGGCGGCGGCUCCCGGAAUUGGGUUGGAGUCGGAGCCUCGCUCGCUCCUUCGCUCGCGCUCUCCGCGCUCGGUCCCCGGCGGCAGCAGGAGCCUGGACCCAGGCACCGCCGGCGGGCGUUGAGGCGCCGGAGCCCGGCCUCGAGGUGUGUACCGGAUCCCUGUGCGCCUCUAGCAAGAAGCCUGCGCCUCAGAGAGUCCCGGGCAGCGCCCGGCGCGCCGGGCCAUGCAGCCACGGCCGCGGCGGAGCUCGGAGCCGCGGUAGCGCCCCCUGUGAAGCGGCCCGCGAUGCCCCGGCCGCUGUGAACUGUGCAGCCCGCCCGAACACGCUCCGCCCGAGACCGGCUCAGCCUUGGACACGCCGGACUCUGAGCGGCCGCGACAAGCAGCGAGGAGUCGAUAGAGCUGCAAGCGCGGGGAAGGCCUCCCCGCACAGGUGGGGGACGCCGGCCGGUGCAGCGCGGGGACAGACACUCGGGCUGGCGCUGGCGGCUAGGGAUGUCGUCCUGGACGAGGUGGCGUGGACCCGCCAUGGCGCGGCUCUGGGGCUUCUGCUGGCUGCUUGCGGUCUUCUGGAGGGCCGCUCUCGCCUGUCCCACGUCCUGCACUUGCGGCGCCUCUCGGAUCUGGUGCAGCGACCCUUCUCCCGGCAUCGUGGCAUUUCCGAGGCUGGAGCUUAGCAGUGCAGACCCUGAGAACAUCACCGAAAUUUUCAUUGCUAAUCAGAAAAGGUUAGAAAUCAUCAAUGAAGAUGAUGUUGAAGAUUACGUGGGACUAAAAAAUCUGACAAUUGUGGAUUCUGGAUUAAAAUUUGUGGCUCAUAAAGCAUUUCUCAAAAACAGCAACCUGCAGCACAUCAAUUUUACCCGAAAUAAACUGACGAGUUUGUCUAGGAAACAUUUCCGUCACCUUGACUUGUCUGAGCUGAUCCUGGUGGGCAAUCCAUUUACAUGCUCCUGUGACAUUAUGUGGAUCAAGGCUUUCCAAGAGAGUAAAUCCAGUCCAGAAACUCAGGAUUUGUACUGCCUGAAUGAAAGCAGCAAGAAUAUUCCCCUGGCAACUCUGCAGAUACCCAAUUGUGGUAUGCCAUCUGCAAGCUUGGCGGCACCUAACCUCACCGUGGAGGAGGGAAAGUCUAUCACAUUAUCUUGUAGUGUGGCAGGCGAUCCGGUUCCGAUUAUGUACUGGGAUGUUGGUAAUCUGGUUUCCAAACAUAUGAAUGAAACAAGCAACACACAGGGCUUCUUAAGGAUAACUAACAUUUCAUCUGAUGACAGUGGAAAGCAAAUCUCUUGUGUGGCAGAAAAUCUUGUAGGAGAAGAUCAAGAUUCUGUCAACCUCACUGUGCAUUUUGCACCAACUAUCACAUUUCUCGAAUCUCCAACCUCAGACCACCACUGGUGCAUUCCAUUCACUGUGAAAGGCAACCCCAAACCAGCGCUUCAGUGGUUCUAUAACGGGGCAAUAUUGAAUGAAUCCAAAUACAUCUGUACUAAAAUACAUGUUACCAAUCACACGGAGUACCAUGGCUGCCUCCAGCUGGAUAAUCCCACCCACAUGAACAAUGGGGACUACACUCUCAUAGCCAAGAAUGAGUAUGGGAAGGACGAGAAACAGAUUUCUGCUCACUUCAUGGGCUGGCCUGGAAUUGAUGAUGGUGCAAAUCCGAAUUAUCCUGAUGUAAUUUAUGAAGAUUAUGGGACUGCAGCAAAUGACGUUGGGGACACCACCAACAGAAGUAACGAUAUCCCUCCCACUGGUGUUGCUGACACAACUGGUCGGGAACAUCUCUCGGUCUAUGCUGUCGUGGUAAUUGCAUCUGUGGUGGGAUUUUGUCUGCUGGUAAUGCUGUUUCUGCUUAAGUUGGCAAGACACUCCAAGUUUGGCAUGAAAGAUUUCUCAUGGUUUGGAUUUGGGAAAGUAAAAUCAAGACAAGGUGUUGGCCCAGCUUCGGUUAUCAGCAAUGACGACGACUCUGCCAGCCCACUGCACCACAUCUCCAAUGGGAGUAACACCCCAUCUUCUUCAGAGGGUGGCCCUGAUGCUGUUAUUAUUGGAAUGACCAAGAUCCCUGUCAUUGAAAAUCCCCAGUACUUUGGCAUCACCAACAGUCAGCUCAAGCCAGACACAUUUGUUCAGCACAUCAAGCGACAUAACAUUGUUCUGAAAAGGGAGCUAGGCGAAGGAGCCUUUGGAAAAGUUUUCCUAGCUGAAUGCUAUAACCUCUGUCCUGAGCAGGACAAGAUCUUGGUGGCAGUGAAGACGCUGAAGGACGCCAGCGACAAUGCACGCAAGGACUUCCACCGCGAGGCCGAGCUGCUGACCAACCUCCAACACGAGCACAUCGUCAAGUUCUACGGCGUCUGUGUGGAGGGUGACCCGCUCAUCAUGGUCUUCGAGUACAUGAAGCAUGGGGACCUCAACAAGUUCCUCAGGGCGCACGGACCUGACGCCGUGCUCAUGGCCGAAGGCAACCCGCCCACGGAGCUGACGCAGUCGCAGAUGCUGCACAUAGCCCAGCAGAUCGCUGCGGGCAUGGUCUACCUGGCGUCCCAGCACUUCGUGCACCGCGACCUCGCCACCCGGAACUGCCUGGUCGGGGAGAACCUGCUGGUGAAAAUCGGGGACUUUGGGAUGUCCCGGGACGUGUACAGCACUGACUACUACAGGGUCGGUGGCCACACGAUGCUUCCCAUCCGAUGGAUGCCUCCAGAGAGCAUCAUGUACAGGAAGUUCACCACGGAGAGUGACGUCUGGAGCCUGGGGGUCGUGUUGUGGGAGAUCUUCACCUACGGCAAACAGCCCUGGUACCAGCUGUCCAACAACGAGGUGAUAGAAUGCAUCACUCAGGGCCGAGUCCUGCAGCGGCCCCGCACCUGCCCCCAGGAGGUGUACGAGCUGAUGCUGGGGUGCUGGCAGCGGGAGCCCCACAUGAGGAAGAACAUCAAGGGCAUCCACACCCUCCUUCAGAACUUGGCCAAGGCAUCUCCGGUCUACCUGGAUAUUCUAGGCUAGGGCCCUUCCCCCAGACCGAUCCUUCCCGACGCACUCCUCAGACGGGCCGAGAGGAUGAACAUCUUUUAACUGCCGCUGGAAGCCCCGAGCUGCUCUCCUUCACUGACAGUAUUAACAGCAGAGAUGGCGAGAAGCUCUCGGAGGGAAGCCGCGUGGACUUCUCCAUCCGUAGACGCAGUAUUGACUUCUUUUUGGCAUUAUCUCUUUCUCUCUUUCCAUCUCCCUUGGUUUGUUCCUUUCUUUUCUUUUUCUUUCCUUUUUCUUUUCUUGGUCUUCCCUGCUUCACAGUUCGCGCCCUUUCUUUUCGAUCAAUCUGGCUUCCGCAUUACUAUUAACUCUGCAUAGACAAAGGCCUUAACAAACCUAAUUUGUUAUAUCAGCAGACACUUCGGUUUGCCCACCACAACUAACAAUGCCUUGUUGUAUUCCUGCCUUUGAUGUGGAUGAAAAAAAGGGAAAACAAAUAUUUGACUUAAACUUUGUCACUUCUGCUGUACAGACAUCGAGAGUUUCUAUGGAUUCACUUCUAUUUAUUUAUUAUUAUUACUGUUCUUAUUGUUUUUGGAUGGCUUAAGCCCGUGUGUGAAAAGGAAAACUGUGUUCAAUCUGGGAAGCCUUUAUAUAUGGGAGAUUAAAACCAGAGAGAAAGAAGAUUUAUUAUAAACCGCUGUAUGGGAGGAACAAAGACAACCAUUGGGAUCAGCUGGCAUCAGUCCCUACUUAGGAACAACCCAGCGACUGUUAGCUGGGAGGAAUGUAUUCGGCACCUUCCCCUGAGGACCUUUCUGAGGAGUAAAAAGACUGUUGAACUCUGUGCCAUGGACUAUUCUUUGCCCAUCACCAGAAAUACUAGCGUGCAGUAGAGAGAAAAGAUGGCUUCCGUGAGACACAAGAUGGCACAUCAUUCGCUUAGACACAGCCCUGACUUUGUAGGUCGCAACGAUAGCACUGGUUUGUUUUUCAAGUGUUAUCCACUGAUCCUUUGUCAAGUUCAGUCAAGGUGGAUUUGUGUCCAGAGAUCAUUUCAGGGUCAGGUGGGAAAGCCAAGAACUUGGAAAAGAUAGGACAAGCUAUAAAUUUGGAGGCAAGUUUCUCUUAUAUUGAACUUUUCAGAUAGCACUUCCCUCUGACCCCCAACUUCUACUCCCACCGUCCUUUUAACUGUGCAAGCAAAAUUGUGCAUGGUCUUCGUGGAUUAAUACCUUGUGUGCAGAAACUACCACUCCAGACACAGUGCCCCUGGUAGGCAAAGCAGAUCCAUGAAAGGUAUGACUUAUACAAUUAGGGGAAGCUAACGGAGUCAUAGCUGAGGAUAAAUGUCUCUGCCUUGUAUGGUGGUGAUGGGUUUUAAUGAAUAUGGACCCUGAAACGUGGAUACCCUCAUCCACGUGGAACCCACAGAACUGUGGGGAGGGCAGAAUCAAUCCCUGAGGGAGAGGAAACCUCACCCUGAAGACAUCACAUGCGUUAAUGUUCAGUGUACACAGGCCAAGUCCCUUGCUCUGGGCUCUGGUUGGGAGAGUGGUUUCAUUCCAAGUGUACCGCACUGUCAGUAUGCUGUUUUUGUUUUCUUCACUCCAUUAAAAAAGUCAAAAUAAAAUUUUGGCACAGCAUGCCAAUGGGAGGCUGUGCCCAGACUGAGCAUUGGAGGUGUGCUUCUGGGCAUAGUCAUUGGUUUUGCAAAAAGAGGGCGUAAAUUCAUAUAGAAAUUUACACUUAUUUGGAUGGUCAGAUAUACCAAGGAAGAAAAAUAUUUCUGUUCCUCAAGAAAACUUGCUACCCUCUGUGAGGGGAAUUUUGCUAAACUUGACAUCUUUAUAACAUGAGCCAGAUUGAAAGGGAGUGAUUUUAAUUCAUCUUAGGUCAUGUUAUUUCAUAUUUGUUUCUGAAGGUGCAAUAGCUCUGUUUUAGGUUUUGCUUGUGCCCGUUAAUUACUGGAACACUUUGUUUUCCAUUAUAGGCAUUGAAAGCCGGUUUUCAAAAAUCCAAAAAUGUAAAUUACCCGAGAACAAAAGGAAAUCCAGUCGCAUCUGUGGUCAAACAAGGGGGUUGGACAAUAUGAACCUUACAGUCCCUUUGAGUUCUGUGCUGGCCUAGGAGAGAUGGGGUUUGAGUUGUUUGUUCUCUUUGGCAGUGAAAAAAAAACCCUCCAGAAUACACAUAAUAAUCUAACGAAAGCCAUAUCUCAAUGAUAUAUACGUGCAUGUGUAUAUCCUAUUAAGGAUCCACGGUACUGUUAAAACACUGUGGAACCCCGUGAAGCAGGAAGGAAGGGGCAGAUUUGUAUUCUCACUUCUCUAAAUUCCAUCAGCGAUGACCUGAAAACCUACGCAGGUUUGGUACCUGUGCAUGUCCGGCCAGCUGCUCUGGGGGAAGAAGCUGCAAUUAUUUUAUUUUAAGAGAGCAAAGGAGGUACUACUUUAAGGGAUCAAAUGCAAGGAGGGCUGUGCAGUGUAAGGCAGAUGAGAAGAUGGGAGCAUUCCAUUCCAGUUGUACGUUUUCCUCUGAAAGCAAAAAAAAAAAAAAUAAAUUCUCCUUACACCUUCCAACAAGUCCCUCAAGGUCUUGAAAGGUUCUAUGCAAGUGCAAAGUUUUAUAGUUACUUAUAUUACUGAUUAUUAUUGUUUCCUCUGUUGUCUCAAGAGUAUGUGCUGACUUCAGAGACGUCUUGCAUUGAAAGAAUAUUGAUUGCUUUAAAGUAGCUGAAUGAGCCACAGAAUAUCUUAAAAUACUUGUCACUGUCCCUCCAACACUUCCUUUCUCAUGGUCUAAUUUUUAGAAAAAUAGUAGCAUCCUCAUUCUAAAAUGUAAUGGUCACCAAAUAUGGCCUACCAUCAAAGAUGCUAAAAACUACAGCAGUAGCAGUGAUAAACCUGACUCUCUAGCCCAGACCCAGCCUGACAAUCAUUUCCGUUUACAAAUUUUUUAAUAGUUUUCCAAACACUUUUCACACAUGUUAGCAAAUUAUUCCUGUUUUUUAUAGGUGAGGAAAUUGAGACUCAAAGAAGCUCAGAUGCAUGCUAGAAGUCUCCAGCUUAGCUUCUGGCACCACUGGGACUUAAUCCAAGUACUCUGACUCUGAACUUCAUGAUUCUGUCCACUAGAAACUCUAAUAUUGAAACGAGCAUUCAGGAGAGAAAGCACGCUAACAAAUUCACGAAGCAGGGUGUGAAGUUAGAAGAAUAAAAGGAAAUACAUGAGUUGACAAGCAGCUGAGAUACUGUGAUAUAUAAUCAUGCUUUUAGCUUCAGCUAAAUCCUUGUACACUGAACCAAUGUCAUAAUCAGGCUUAUUUAGAAAACACUUUGAACUAUGCUAUAAAAGAUUAUAUCAGAAUUCAUAUUAUACAUGUGUUCACAUCAGUGCUACCUGUGAUAUUUUCAUGUAUUUAUAUAUGUGUUAUAAAUACUUGAUUUAUACAUAUACAAAUGCACAUACAUAGUGUGUUUGUGUGUUUAUGUAUAAAUUUAUAGGCACACAAUAAUAGAGAUAAUUAUAAGUAGGGUGCAGUAUGAAUAAUUUGCUUAAAAUCUGCUAAAUAACCAAAACUUUGCAAUGUCCUCUUGCUGUUAGUGCUCCCAUUCUCCAUGUGGGUAGGACUACAUCACACUUUUUAACUCUGUGCAGUACUGCAUGGGUGGAAGGCAUAUUUAAGAUAAUGUGCUUCCCAAAACAACUGAAUAAAAGCCAUCCCACCACACUGAAUCCUUUCUCUGGUUCCUUGCAAAGGAAAAUGAGGACCGAAUUAGAUCAUUUUAUAUAAAGGUCCAGGAAAGGAAAAUGGAUUUUUUGUUUUGUCUUUGUGCGCAUUUGUGUUAUGCUCACCUUGUCCUCGUCCCACUGUGAUCCCCUUACACUUGUGUUCAGAGUCUAAGCAUUCAAGGUGUAAAUUGGAAUGUUGGGAGCCCAGUGUCUCGAAGGCCAAUAGUGAGAAAUCCAAGACCCCACGGCGAGAUGAGCUAGUCUUAGGGAUUCCCACAUCCGAGUAUGAAUGUACCAACCAAGAGUGGAGAAUGCUGUCCUUUGCAAAGCAUCGUGACAACAGGAUUUCCUGGUCCAGAAUGGGAUUUUUAUCUUUAUUUUACCUUUCUUUUUGCAAACUGGACAGUCUAUUUCACCAAUAAUGUUAAAUUAUAUCUAAUCAAAUAAAUGACUGUAUAUACACACAUACCUUCAAUUCUUUUGCUUCCCUAGUUUUUAUUUUUCCUCUCCUGUUUGAGGACCUUUAUUUUUAAUGUUGACCUUUGGUUUGGCCAUAUAUCACUGUUACAGAAAAUCCCAUGAGAGGAAUGGCCAGUGACCCAACUCCCCAAAUGUCUAAGUUAGUUAGUAGUUAAAGCCGAUUCUUUACAAUGCUUAAUUGGAAUGUGGACACUCUGAGGUUGUGAUAGCUUGCACAUGAAUUUCAAAUAUUAUUCUAAAGAAUUAGGGGUGGGAGGGAUUUAUAGUUUAAAAUGACAGUGCAGGAAGGGGUAUUUUCUUGUUGUCAGGGCUGGAAUGAAUCACUCCUGCUCAAAUGAAAGGUUCUGGAAUAUCCUUAGUUUUUGCAUUUCUCCCCCUUCUUUUCCUUUGACCUUUAUUUAUUGAAUUAUGUAUUUAUUUAUUUAUGUAUCUAUUUUUGCUCCAUUCAUCACAAACACAAAGCAAAGCAAAAAAUAUAUAUGUGUAUGUAUAUGUGUUGCAGGCAAAACACUGUGAAUUUCACAACCACCACCAAGCAACUAUUUUGCCAUCUUAACAUAUGUCUCAGGAGAUGAAAUGGGAAAAGAUGGGGAUGUCAUUUUUCAGUCUAUGCGUUCGAGGCCAGGUCCAUGUUUAUUUUCUUUCUUUGGUCCAUGCAUUAAUGAAAAUGAUCCUGAGUGAAGGUUGACUGAAUGUUCAACAUACUGGAGCAAGCAUAACAAAAAGCUGCUAGUAGCCACGUGUUUGAAUAGGAAAAAAAAAAAAAUGGAGAAAAUGAAAUGUAAUGUAAAGGCCUACAUCUUGCAGCUUGUAUAUCUUACUAUUGCUUAAAAAAUGUAUAAAACAGCUGGAAAUGUUUUAAAUACAAGGUCUUUGAAUUAAAUGUGGAUUUUAAAAUAUGUAAUCCCUCGACAAAUGACCAAAUUAUGGUGAACUAUUGCUCCCUGUGUUCCUUGAUCAUUACCUAUGACUUACAAAUCUGCCUGGAGAUGUGGACACUCUGCAUUUGCUGCUGUAUCUGGAGAGAUGUUUGUAUAUAUCCGGGCCAUAUACACACACAUUUCAAUAUCUCUCUGCAGAUAUAUUUCCCCUUCAAUAGUGACCUGGUAUUUGGAACUCUCUAUCUUUUCAUCUGGUUUCUUUUCCUUUUAAUGUGACGUCUCUGUGCCAAUACUUACCAGUUCUUGUUUUACAAUCUGUUUUGAGGUCCAUUGCUUUACUAAGACCCACUGCAUCUUGGCUGAUUUCAAAGUGACACCUGAAUACAGUGUUUCAAAAAAAAAAAAAAAAAGUUUUGUUUGUAAAUCAUGUGACCAGCUUCUCUCAACCUGACAUGGAAAGUCUCUUGUACUACAGUGUAUUUAAUAUAAAUGAUGUCUUACAAUAAAUAACAUCCUCCAAAAGAGAGACUAAAA